UGACCCUUGAAGGGCAUCUCGGGAAAAAUCCGGACCACGUUCGAUGAACCUUUCCACACGACCCGCCAUUACCACACGCACUUGGCCGUCAUCUUCAAUCUUAAAAAGUUAUAAAUUCUCAAAAUCCAUCAUUUUCGCCAUUGUAAUCCCUUUCCCCUAGUGCCCAUCUCAUAUCAAACAUUCAGCAAUUAGUCAACAUAAAAAAAAUCCCUGGCAAGGAUUGCAGAGGAACAGAACUGAAAAUGGAGGUCGCAGCCAGGGGUAAUACCAGCACCGGGCAAGUGACGCAGAACAGGUGCUCUGAAAUCCGUUUCCUGAAUUCUCGAGGGCUGAGAGCUCCUCUGAGCGGUCGGUUGCAUGGAAGCAAGAUUUCUUACAGAAAUCUGGUCGUGAGGGCUGUUUCUUCUCCGGCCAAGCCACCUGCAACACCUCAGACCAAGCGCAGCAAGGUUGAGAUCAUCAAGGAAAAAAGUAAUUAUUUACGAUAUCCUUUGAAUGAAGAAUUACAGACAGAAGCUUCAAAUAUCAGUGAGGAUGCAACACAGCUCAUAAAGUUCCAUGGAAGCUAUCAACAAGAUAACCGAGAUGAGCGUUUUAAAGGUGGAGGAAAAUCUUAUCAGUUCAUGCUUAGAACAAAAAAUCCAGCGGGGAAAGUUUCAAAUAAGCUGUAUUUGGUAAUGGAUGAGCUUGCGGAUGAGUUUGGGAUUGGUACACUUCGCCUCACCACAAGGCAAACGUUUCAACUCCAUGGUGUGCUUAAGAAGAAUUUGAAGACAGUUAUGAGCACAAUCAUUAAAAGCAUGGGUUCCACACUUGGAGCAUGUGGUGACUUGAACAGAAAUGUUUUGGCCCCUGCAGCACCAUAUCUGGAUAGAAAAGACUAUUUAUUUGCCCAAGAAACUGCAGAUAAAGUUGCUGCUCUUUUGGCUCCUCAGUCAGGAUCUUAUUAUGAUUUAUGGGUAGAUGGAGAGAAAAUAAUGUCAGCAGAUCCUCCUGAUGUUGUAGAGGCACGCAAUGAUAAUUCCCAUGGAACAAAUUUUGAGAAUUCACUCGAGCCAAUUUAUGGUACUCAGUUUCUGCCUCGAAAAUUCAAGGUCGCAGUUACAGUACCCACUGAUAACUCUGUUGACAUUCUUACCAAUGACGUUGGGCUUGUGGUUAUUUCAAAUGAACAUGGGGAGCCUCAGGGCUUUGACAUAUUUGUUGGAGGAGGUAUGGGAAGAACUCAUCGGGUGGAGACCACAUUUGCAAGAUUGGGAGAACCUCUUGGUUAUGUGCCUAAAGAAGAUAUUCUAUAUGCAGUGAAAGCCAUUGUUGCCACACAACGAGAUUAUGGGAGGCGAGAUGAUAGAAAGUACAGUCGUAUGAAAUACUUAAUAAAUGAGUGGGGAAUUGAGAAAUUCCGGUCUGUUGUAGAGCAGUACUAUGGAAAACCAUUUGAGCCUUUCAAGGAGCUCCCAGAAUGGGAGUUCAAGAGCUAUCUAGGUUGGCAUGAGCAGGGGGAUGGCAAUGUUUUUUAUGGAGUGCACGUUGAUAAUGGCCGGAUCAAAGGUGCUACCAAAAAAGCACUGCGAGAAAUAAUUGAGAAAUACAACUUAAGUGUUCGUCUAACCCCAAACCAGAAUAUCAUCUUGUGUGAUAUUCAACCUGCUUGGAAAACACAUAUUAAUGUUGCACUUGCUCAGGCAGGCCUAUUGCAUCCUGAUUACCUCGAUCCACUCAAUAUGACAUCCAUGGCAUGCCCUGCUCUGCCUCUGUGUUCACUUGCAAUAGCAGAGGCAGAGCGUGGAAGUCCUGAUAUUCUUAAGAGGAUACGUGCUGUAUUUGAAAAGGUUGGACUAAAAUAUGAAGAUUCAGUUGUGAUAAGGUUCACUGGAUGUCCAAAUGGUUGUGCAAGGCCAUACAUGGCUGAGUUGGGGUUUGUGGGAGAUGGGCCAAAUAGUUAUCAGGUUUGGCUUGGAGGUGCUUCUAACCAAACACGGCUAGCAAGAACCUUCAUGAACAAGGUCAAAGUGCAAGAACUGGAAAAGGUUCUUGAGCCCCUAUUUUAUUCAUGGAAGAGUGAUCGUGAACAAGGAGAGUCUUUUGGUGACUUUUCAGAACGAAUGGGCUUUGACAAACUCCAAGAUAUAGUGAAUAAGUGGGAAGGUAUUAACAAAGUUUCUACAAGGAAGCAUAUGAAGCUAUGGCAAUAUCUGUCAGAAGUUCGAAGUAUGAAUGCAAAUAAGCUUGCAGCGGAUAGUAUGAAAACUAUACUAGAGAAGAUGAGGUUUAAGACAAUGAUGCAAAGCAGUGAUUCCUUUUUUAUAUGGCGAGUGUGUUUUCAUUUUUGGGCCUUUGGCCUAUUGUACUCUGGGUAAGGUUUGUGAUCUGAGUUAAAUACAAAUAUCUCGAUAGGAUGGCACAUUCUCCUUUGUGCUGCAGGAUGAAUAAAAAUGCUUGAAGCUCACAGAAACUGCGUUUUCACUGUGAAAAUCUUGAUUUCAUGCAUUGCCAAUUUGAGAAAAUGACCUCAAAAUGCAAGGUGUGAUUUUGGCAUGUUGUGUACCAUGAUCAACAUGACCUUUUGUUGGAGUUGGGGGUAUGUACGAGCAGUUUAGUGUCCUGUCUUCUGGUUAGCUAUUUUGGGUAGAUUAUUUGCUUCAUAGGAUUUUUAAUUCAUUUGUCAGCAAUUGCUGACAUAGCCUGCUUUGCAACUUAAAAUUACAAAAUCUUGGAGCUGCAUUUUUCUGUUACAGGAGAUCGGAACAUAUUUAUAAUGGGAGAGUUUUGAACUAAUUAUCAAACUUGUUCCACUAUUCUUAUA